AUGGAGAGUGUUUAUUUAGCGAAUUGUGUGUUGUAUUUUACCAACUUCACAACACUUAUCGAAUUUAUAUUUGUAAGUAAAAAUUGUAGGGAUGCAGUGGAAAUGCUUUAUAGAAACCCGUGCACAACUGUUGAUACCCCACAAACCCCACCACUUAAAUAUCUUAUCGACCAGCAAAUAUUUGUGCGAGAGAUUCAGGUGUUUCCACAUUUGGAAACGAUUGAAAUUAUGAAAGGAAAUGUCCCAUUACUCCAAUUCCUUUUUAUGUCGAAACCGCCUUUUAAGUUUAAUAGGCGUGCCAGUUUGAUCAUUAACGACGAAAUGACACCAAAAGUCUUUUCGUUCUUUUCGAAUAACAUAGUUGAACUGAAAAAUGUAUUUCUGACGGAGAGCGUGGACUGUUCGAAAUUUUCUCGACUUCAAAAAGCGAGUUUUGUCGUCUCAUCGAACAUUAAAAUGGACACUGUUUUCCCCGACAAAAUGCAGAGAUUAAAGUACUUAAAAGUUACUUCGCGAACAAAAGUAGAUGAACAGUUUUUAAAUGAACUGAAGUCGUAUAAUAUUAAUCAAAUAGUCGUUGUCUUAGAGUCGAAAAAACAAAUUAAAAAGUGUGCAGUGAUGUACAAAAACGUCAAUAAAGUUAUUGUUUGCUCCAACUCGUAUUGGCCUGAAAUCCCUGCAAAUGUCAUUGUCAUUUCAUCGUCUUAUUUUGAAGUCACUGGCGGCGCUCUUCCCCAAAAAGUGAUUUCACAGUAUUUGCCUUCAAAAAUCCGAUUUAGUUCUUCGAAAGUAAUAAAUCAGAUGCACAUUGAUUUGAGUCAAGAAGAAUGUAUAACAGAGAUUUGGAGUGGCCUCGAUAAUUUGGAAAUAACGUUUCCAAGGCAGCUUGAAAUGUAUUUGGGUAAAUACACCGAACAAAUUGUACGCAGUGAUUUGGCUUUAAAAAGACUCUUCUUGGAGAACCCGCCACCAUUUCAUGUGCCCGAUAGUGUCGAAUACUUGCAGUUACUCUCUCGCGAUUUUUGUAUCCAAAAUUUUGAAACGAUGAAGGUGAAGAUGUUACUCCUAGUAGUCCCAACAUUUCAAUUUGCAAAAGGGAAUACUAAUAUACUUAGCAUGUCACUUGUCAACACUCAAAUAACACAGUCUUUCAAAGGAUUCGAAAAUUUAAAGAAACUCAAACUCUAUGGAUGCACUAUUCAUUAUAAUAUCGACCAGUUUUACCCAGAUAGCUUGGCUAGUCUAGAGUGUUUCCCAGUUAACUUACCAUCACAUUCCAAUGUAUUCAAACUGAAAGUGACGAACUCAUAUACAGAUAAAUUCGACUUAAGGAAGUUCCAAAAACUUAUUGAAGUUGAUUUAACAGCAUUCAACAAUAAAUUGAAGUUCCCAAAGAGUUUGGAGUCGUUAGUGUUGACUCACAUUAAGGGGGAUAAGAUUGAUAUUUCUGGACAUACACAAUUAAGUUCUGUCUUCUUUGAUGAAUGCAGUGUGGAGACAUGUUUAUUACCAAAAGGCAUUUCAACAGUCGUGUUGAAUAAAAGCCAAGUUGUUCUCAAAAAGAUGAAGAAGGUCUGUACAAAGAAUCUUAUUGUUGUAGAGAGUUCAAUCAAUUUGUUUGAUAUUAACAAUGAAACUCUUCAACUCCUCAUGUACGACAAUGAUAUGGUAGUCACUGAUAUAGUGUUUUCAAAUUUCAAGGCACUUAUCUUUCCUCCUUUUAAGAAGGCAUAA